CGCUUGCACGUGAUGUCCACUGCUCUUCCUGUGUCCGUGGGUUAUUAUUUUCUUUUUAAGAAUACAUUUUUUACUCGCUUGUUGGUGAUUGUACAUUUAUGAGGUUUGUGGGAACUGGCGGAAUUUGGUGUGAAUAUUGCUGGGUUUUUUUUUUUGCAUCGCUUAAUACUGUGUAAGGAGGAACAAGAGGAGACUGUUAUCAGAUGUUCCCGUGCUCAUGAAUGUUCAGCAAGACAGUCCACUACCUGCCAGCCCGUGAAACGAUUUAAUGAUAAACAAAUUUAAAUCGUAUCAACGAUUUAAUAUUGAUAUGUAAUAUCAAUUUAAAUAAACAAAUUGAUAUAAGACCAGAUGACUGAGGUGAGCUCAUAGUCAUGGAGAGUCCACAUCUACCUGCUGAGAUAAUUUCUUACAUAUUGAGUUUCCUUCAUGUAACGGAUCGAAAGGAGGCUUCACUGGUCUGUAAGAGUUGGUAUGAUGCAUGCCAAGACCACCGGUUUCAGAAAAAUGUCACUUUCAAGUUCCCUGUUUCCACAUCUUCACUGGACUUUAUCCGUGCACUUGCAAGCCGCCCCCGCUGUGGCCUAGUCAUCAGCCAUCUAGAUGGAUCCAGCCUUUCGAGACAAGUACUUCUGGAGGUGGGCCUUCACCUCGGCCCUCACUUGGACAGUUUGGCUCUACCUGGCAGCAGUGUUACAGAGGCCUCGCUGCUGAGCCUCCUACCACAUCUGACUGGCCUCCGCAAGCUGGAUCUCCACGGGCUCGACAGCCUCUUUAUGUCUGGAGCUUUUUUGUCAAGAGAGGAGCACCGCAGACAGGUCCAGAAUGCUUUGAGAAAUCUAGAGGAGCUGGACCUGUCUGAUCUGCGCUAUCUCUCAGACCUCUCUUUUAACCGCCUGACGAGUUGCACGCCCAGGUUACGCAGUCUGUCCCUGGCCGGAUGUCACAUCUCUUUCGAGUUCGACCCAUACCGUGGUUGCCCUGUCGGGUUUGGCUCAUCCGCUCUAGUGUCCCUCCGUAACCUCCUGAGUCUCUUGCAGAAGCAGGCCGCCACGCUCCGCAGCCUGGACCUGAGUCGCACCAGCAUCACUCCCGAGUCGCUCCGCUCCAUCGCUCAGGUGCCCGGCUUGCGUCUGGUGGAUCUGAGUCUGCGCAGCUGCAAAGAGCUGACGGACUACUCCAUGGAAAUCCUCUGCAAGCAACAGAACGGUCUGAGGACUCUGGACCUCCGAGCCUGUACAGAGUUAACCAGUAGGACGGUGCUGGCUGUGGCCACUGAGCUGAAGGAGCUGAGGUCGCUGUCCCUCUCGCAGGACUGGAAGAUCACAGAUAAAGGCCUGGCCGAGCUGAUGACGCUACCGAGCUUGAGGAGUCUGGAUCUGUCCGAGUGUCUGCAUGUCAGUGGUGCAGACCUGGUGAAGGGAUUGUCCUCUCCACAGCCCGGGGCUCAGCUGGACACCCUUAGCCUUAGAAACUGCACUUACAUAAGGGAUACAGUCAUGUUCUCCCUGACGCAGCUGCUCAGCUGUAACCUGAGACAGCUGGACCUCACGUCCUGUGUCUGCCUCACUGACCUGAGCAUUCGAGCCAUCGCUACGUACCUCCCUGCGCUGACGGUGCUGCGGCUCGGGUGGUGCAAGGAGAUCUCUGACUGGGGGCUGCUGGGAAUGGUGGAGCCCACCAAAGAUUGUGAACCAAGAGACAAAGAGGAGGAUAAAGGCCCAAGCUUUACUAGGACGUUUGGAAACAUGGGCUUUUUCCAGCCUCCCAGCCUGCCUUUUCAGGAGAAGCCACGUCUCGUGACCGAGGAGGACCUCGGGGCCUUCAGGGAGCAUCAAGAAGGAGCGUCUCUCUUGGCCCUCAGGGCUCUUCAGGAGCUGGACCUGUCGGCCUGCUCAAAGUUAACUGACACCAGCAUCACACAGGUACUCCAUUUCCCGGACCUGCAGCGCCUAUCGCUUUCUAUGUUGCCAGAGAUCAGCGACGACAGCUUGGUGUCCGUAGCCCAUCACUGCCGGAGCCUCACCAGCCUGGCGCUCAGCCACUGUCCCCAGAUCAGCGACCAGGGCAUGGCACGGGCUCUUCCGCUCCUCCACAGACUGCAGCAUCUGUUCCUGGCCUGCUGCGACGCCGUUACUAACGAAACUCUUUCAAUAAUCGCGCUGCACUGCGACAGGCUCCGGACCCUCGACGUGUCCAUGUGUAAGGAUAUCACCGUGCACCAGGUGGACCUCCUCCAGUCCCGGCUGCCCUUCCUUGAGAAGGUCCAGUGUCGCUUCGCCAACGGUGCAGAUUUUACUAUGGUACUAUGAAUCUGUUAGUGGCUUAGAUGGGGAUUUAAAAAAAAAAAAAAAGUCUUCAAAAAUCCACAAACAAAACCAUACGAAGCAAAAAAGUAUUUGAAAAGUGGACAAGGACUUGACUGAAGGAAAGAACUACUAUUCCACGAAGAACUGCGAAUGACAAUCUAAUUAAAAUAGUUGGCGAAACAUACAUCCAUAAAUGAAGUUUACCAAAUAAAUGUUCAUUUGUAUUUAUAUGUACAUAAUUAAUAUACAAAGCACACACACACAUAUAUAUCACUUAAACAAAAACUUAUUUUAAACUUGAUUCAAACUUGUUUUAUGCAACGUUUAAAUGAACCUCUUCAUUCAAAACCGUAAAUUGUAAUUAUAGAAACAAUAUAUUUAAAGGAUAUUACAAGAAUAUUGUUGCCUGCAGAGCUGGUAUGAUUUUUGAUAUAAUUUGCUCACCAUUACUCUGAUGAGUGUUUUUUUUUUAUGCACAGCAUCAUGGGUACGUAGUUUUUCCACCACAAAUUCUGCCGUUUAGAUAUCGUUUUAAAAAUAAGUUGAAAUAAUGUAAACUUCACAAGUCACGGUUCAAUAAUAUGUAUGAUAAAAUAUAAAAAUAUAUUUAAAGCACUUUUAACUCA